AUGACGGGGAAGCAGAAGUACUUACUGGGCGGUGUGGUGGUGGACUACGCUGUCACAGUGGUGGUGGAUAGAUCAGGAGUGAGCUUGGAACAACUGGACUACCUGACGCUGCAAUCCAACCGGGUGGAGAACUCGUACCGUGAAGUCAUGGAGCUCCCCACUGUGGUGUACGCCAUCAGCGAGGUCAAAGACAUCAUCACUGACGCCCUGCAUAACAACGAGCUGGACACUGUGUCUGAGGUCCCUGCAGAUGGAGACACGAAUACUGCUGCCGAUGAGCCACCAGAGGUCGCGAUCCUAGAAGAGGACGUAGAGGACGUAGAGGAUGUCGACAAAGUUGGCGUCCUGCCUGACGUCUUCGAAACCAACAGAGUGGAGAACAACGAAAAUGACAUCAUUAUCCUGGAGGAGAGUGUAGUUGUGUCUCCUGAUUCUGUCAAUACAGAUAGUGAACUUGAAGCUGAUAGCAUUGCAGAGGAGGGUCUGUUACUCGGGGACAUUGUGCAGACUCCUGCAGUAGAAACCCCCGCCGCAGAGGAGCUCCCAGCUGAGCUCCCAGCUGAGCUCCCAGCCGAGCUCCCAGCCGAGUUCCCAGCCGAGCUCCCAGCCGAGCUCCCAGCCGAGCUCCCAGCCGAGCUCCCAGCCGAGCUCCCAGCCGAGCUCCCAGCCGAGCUGUCAGAGGUUACACUUCAUGAACCCCCAGUGGAUGAAGAGGCCUCUGGAGUGGGCACAGACAACCUAAAUAACCUGCUCGAGCCACCUACAACCACAGAAGAAGAAGACGUAGAGUCUCUUGAGGAGGCUGACCCAGAACAUGGGCUGACCACAGAGGAAGAAGAAGAAGGCCCGUCUGUCCUGGUCUCACCUCCUGAGACUGAAGAGGAAGCGAGUGAAGCACCAGAACCGUUGGCAGAAGAAACAGGUGAAGAAUCGGUGGAAGAACCAGAAGAACAACCAGAAGAACAACCAGAAGAACAACCAGAAGAAGAACAUGCAGAAGAGGAAGACAAUACUGUGGUGCUGACCAUUCCUGAGGAACCUGUGGCUGAAGAAGGUGGCGUGGAGGAAGCAACAGAGAACGAGGUAGAAGAGGCUGCACCUGAAGCUCCUCCUGUGGAGGAAGAGGGCCCGGCAGCUCCAGAGCUCUCCACAGAGGAUCUGACAGAGGAUGAGAUCCUACUGGUCAACGUUGAUGAACCAGAACCACUAGUGACGGACUCUCUGAACCCGGUCCAACCCACUGCCCUGUCCCCAGAGAAGGAGUCGCCCUUCACCCGCAUCUCUGAUAUUGACACCGCCCUGGAGGAACAACCUGACAUCAUCAUCCCUUCACUGGUGGAGAUCCAGACCACUGACGGAGGCUUGGAAGGUGCCACUAAUGGAGACAGCGACUAUGAAGUGGUCCAUUAUGGUUAUGAGUUGAUUAACCACACAGAGGAGGGCAGCACUGGCUUUCCGUUUGGUGCACACGGCACAGACCAAGUCAGUAUCGCCAUGCCUGUGAACCCCGGACGAGCACUGAUGGUGUUCUUCAGCCUGAGGGUGACCAACAUGAUCUUCUCAGAGGAUCUCUUUAAUAAGAAAUCCCCAGAAUACAAAGCUUUGGAGCAACGAUUCAUAGAGCUGCUUGUGCCCUACCUGCAGUCCAACCUGAGUAACUUUGAGAACCUGGAGAUCCUGAACUUCAGGAACGGGAGCAUCGUGGUCAACAGCCGGAUGAAAUUCGGAAAACCUGUUCCAGAAACCGUCACCACCACCGUCUAUCUGAUCCUGGAGGACUUCUGCAACACAGCCUACCAGACCAUGAACCUGGCCAUCGAUAAGUACUCACUGGACGUAGAGUCAGGUGAUAAAGCCGACCCCUGUAAGUUCCAGGCGUGUAACGAGUACGCUGGGUGUAAGGUGAACAAGUGGACGGGGGAGGCAGAGUGUGUCUGUAACGCAGGAUACUUCAGCGUGGACAGCCUGCCCUGUCAGAGCAUCUGUGACCUGCAGACUAACUUCUGCCUCAAUGAUGGCAAGUGUGACAUCAUCCCCGGCCAGGGAGCAAUCUGCAGGUGUCGUGUCGGGGAGAACUGGUGGUACAGAGGAGAGCACUGUGAGGAGUACGUGUCUGAGCCGCUGGUGGUCGGCAUAGCGAUUGCCUCCGUAGCUGGAUUCCUAUUGGUGGCGUCCGGAGUCAUCUUCUUCCUCGCCAGGACGUUACGGGAUCAGUACGACAAGGAUGAGUCGGAGGAUCCCAUACGGCGAGCAGAGAGUGUCCCGUCUCUCGAGAGGGCGACUAAGUACAACCCCAUGUACGAGAGCGAGGCCACCACAGGCUACAGCCACUACUACCGCCGCUAUCCUGAAGCUGCGGUGUACAGCAGUGCCAGCGCUGAGGCCUCCACUGACUUCAGCAGCGAGGAGAUACGACACAUCUACGAGAACAGUGAACUGACCAAGGAGGAAAUCCAAGACAGGAUACGCAUCAUUGAGCUCUACGCAAAGGACCGACAGUUUGCAGACUUUGUACGGCAUCAUCAAGCUGUUGUGGACACACGCAGAGAGAGCUCCUCUGCACACACAUGAAACUCUCCUGUGAAUAAGAAACAUGCCUCUAUGCUAGAAAAGUGAAGACUCUCCACUUUCUUCAUCAUGGCACUCACAAUCUGGACUGGUUAAGACGGACUCAUUCAGCACGCUGCUCUUUAUUUCCUCGACCCAACGACCCCUUUCUGUUUCUACGUAUUUCCCCCGAACUGUUGACUGUUCUUCCUCCUUCCUUUGUGCCUUCUCUUGACUGGUCGAGCUGUGUGUGACAUCACGUGUUGCUACUGGAUGUGUCCCUCUGGACUGCAUCCUACUACUUGAAAUGUUCAUCUCAAUACUGUCUUCAGUAGUACUUUUGUUUUGUGGAACAAUCGGUCUUGUCAACUCAUGUCUGUCAAUUCUUAGAGGGAACAACUUUAAGACUGUGAAUAUGUAAAUAGUGUCUCUGUGAGGUUGUUUGCUAGUUAAGA